AAACUCCUCUGCACCUAUAUAAAUUUCACCUCAAUUAGUUCAGUUCAGACUACAUGAGCAAUGGCAACUGAUGAAGCUGAAUUACCUGAAACGAUCCUUUCAAAUAAAAUAGCAGAGAAGGACAAGGAGUCAAUAGGUGGCGAGUCAGAAUCAUUCAAAGAAACGCCAAAAGUUGAAGGUGAUGUUGGUAUCUGUGAAGGUGGAAGUUUUUUGGUAUCACCCUCACUUGCCAAGGUUGCUAAUGAAAUCACCUGCAUAGAUUCUGAGAGUACUGUAGUUGAUGAAAAAGUAAUUCUGCAACAGAAGGAGAAAAUAGAUAAUGAAACCCAAUUGCUGAAAGAUCUAAAGCAAGAAGCUGUACAAGAGGCAUAUGGCAUCACAGGAGAAGAAGAGGCACCUCUGAAUAUUGAUGAAGGCAAUGAAACUUGGAAGAAAAAGGUGAUUCUUGGUCAAGAAGUUGAAACCACAGAUGGACAGGCUUCAACCAGAGAACUUCCAUAUAAUAUUGAAGAGGUGAAAGCAGCGAAUCACUCUCAGGAGGAUAAGAUAGAGGAAAAGAAAUCCAGUAAUGAAUCUGAAUUAGAGCUUGGAGAAAAAGUUCAUGAAACAAGCAAGGGAACAACAGGACAAAAUCAAGAGGCUCUACCUUUUACACCUGGUUUAAUGGGAGAAAUUUUGAAAAUAGAUGUCAAAGAUAUAAGAGAGGUUUGGAUCAAAGAUGCAACCAAAGAUGAUGCACCAAUUAAACAAGAAGUAGAAAAGAGUGUCUUUGAAGGAGUAAGAUGCAAGGGGCAAGAAAAAUCCUCCCAUACAGAGGGUAAGGAGACAGGUCCAACAACAGUUAACUCAAGUGAAAAGAUAGGGGAAAAUACACAAGAGGGACAUGAAAACCCACAUGAUAACAAUACGGACUGUAUUUUGAAGGGAGAGGAGAGUUCAAAGAUCCAAGAUGGUGAAGAGAUCGUAAACAACACUGAGGGUACAAAUGAAAGCUUUCAUAUUCCACCUACUAAAUUCAUAACAGAAGAGACAAGCUUGGACAAAUUUGAACAGGAAAGUGGGAAGAUUGAACAGUCCUGUAUUGCAUUAGAAGAGAAAAGUAAAGAAACAGCUGAUUCACAUGAAACAUCGAAAGACAAAAAUCCAGGUGAAAAUGAAAACCCGGAUGACGAUUGGGAAAUCCCUUUAGUCACCGAAGAAAAAAGAUUGGACAAAUCUGAACAGGAAGCUGGGAAACUUGAAGAGAAAGAUGAAAAUUCAGUUGAAUAUGAAAUCCAAGAUACUGAAGCUCUGGAAAGCCCUCUAGUCACACAAGUAACAGAAGGCUCACAUUUUCAAGAACAAGACAAGCCCUACAAAAUUGAAGAAACAUCUGAAACUGAGUCAGCAAAUACUGGGAAGGAUAACUGUAAUCAAGUGAAACCUCAGGAUAAAAUCCUUGAGACAGCUGAAAGCACCAUAAGCGAGGAAGCUAAGGAUGAUGAGAGCCCUGAAACAAAGCUUGAUACCUCCUCCAUUAAGGAUGAGGAAGGACUGGAAGGUCUAGAAAGAGGGAGUGAGAAGCUGGUUUUUCCAUUGACAAAUACUUCAAUUGAUGAAAACAAAGAUAAAGGAGGACCUUCUGUCACAGAAACCAGGGACAACAUUGAGGUCACUGAAAUAAUUGGGGCUGAAGAGAUUUGCAGGUGGCAAAUGCCAAAAGAAAUGGAAGCUUCAGAACAAAGCUUGCAGACAGAUAAACCAGAAGAGGAGAAACUUGAAAAAUCCUUGGAUGUGGUGUCCGAGGCAGUUGAAGCAGCUGCUUCAAGUGCAGAUGCUGAAGGAAGUACCUAUGAGAAAGAGGAGAAACCCAUUAACAGUGUUGAGGAAAGCUUCGAAGAAGAAAGGAAGGAAGGGAACACAAGGGAUGAUGAAGUGAAUGAACAUAGAACACCAAAAGAUGAGAAUCUCAGAGCAGUCGAACCAAGUCAAAAGAUAGAAAAGAUGGAACUUGAGACCCCAAACACGGAAAUGGGCAAUUCACCAGUCACCCAUUCAUUGGUUGAAGAAUCUAUACAACAAGAAUGUGAGCAGGAAGGGGAAGUCUCCAACCUAGAAGUGGAAGAACAAGUUCAUAAAGAAGACAAAAAUGCUCCAGUAGAGAAUAAGCACACUGAAGAAGCAUUUAGAAUUAGAGAGAACAUAGAAAGCACAAUGUUGGAGCAGGAGAAAAGUAGAGAUGGUGCACAAACAUUGGAAUUGAUUCCACAGGCAAGUGAAAUGGAAGUUGAAGAAACAGUAAAGGUUUCCAAAAUAGACUCAAAAGAGAGAUCCACAGACACUGAUGCCAGUCAGAGAAUAGAAGAGCAGACCGAAAAGAAUGAAGAAGCUUCUGAAAUAGGAAUGGGUAAAACCAUAACAAAAGGUGAAGCAGAGAAAAUGAUCAUAAAGGAAGACUGCUGCAUUCCAGAACAAGGAACUGUAUUUUUUGGAAUUCAAACAGAUGACCAAAAUAGUCACGUAGAAGAAAAGAAGGCAGCCCCUGAAUUCAGUGGUGAAGAGCAGAGUUGCAUAACAAACGAAACUGACAAAGCUACCAAGAAUGAGAUCAAUAACAAAGAGGUGUCUGCAGAGCCUAAGAUAGCUGGUGCAGGUGAGGACACUGAAAAACACAUUAUAGAAGAAAGCAUCAUUAUGGCUCAGUCUACAGAAUCAAUGAAAGGACCACUUAAACAGAGCAGUCAGGGAGACGAAAUCAUGAAGAAGCAUGAAGAAGAGGUCCACAGAGUACCUCAUACAGAGUGUGAGUUCCUUGAGAAAUCCAGUACAGGUGAGAAUACCGAGAGACAAACAGUAGUAGAGAACAGUGCUGCCAAAGACCACUGUUCACCACCUAUUCAAGAAGAAACAGUUACGGAAAGCUCUCAGGAAGAUGAGGUGUCUGAGAGACUUGAGACGACUGGUGUAGGUGAGGAAACAGAAAGAUCCAUUUUAGAGGAAGAUGGUGCUGUUACAGAUACCUGCAUGUUAUCUGUUGUAGGCAUGAAAGUUAAAGAGAACCUUGAGGAAGAUCAAAAAGAGGAGGAAAACCCCAAAGAAGAUAUCACAGACUCUGACGCAGGGAAUUUCGAGAACAUGGAAGAUACAAAAAAGAAUGCUGAUGCUUCAGGUGCUACAGAAACAUCAAGAGAAGAAAUUCUGCAGAAAGAGCACAGUGAGCAGUUUAUGAUGUAUGAAGAACACAGCAAAGAGGACAUUAAAAAAACAGAGAACAAUAAUGAACAGCUUGAAACUGAAUCUGCCAGAACCUUGCAAGAAGCAAAACAAGAAGGGAGACAAUUGGUAGAUGGUUCCAAUCUUGCUUCUGAGAAAAGUAGCCUAGCAACAACUGAAACAAGUUCAACAAGCUUCCAGCAGGUAGAUGUUAAAGGUGUGAAGCUUGAGGAGACCCAUAACCAAAGUGACAAUUCUGAGAAGGCAUUGAAAGUGGAAAAACAGGUUGCAGAUGAAGGUAACCAAGGAAAAGAGUGUGAAAUACAAAUGGAAUCUUCUGACACAGUCAUAGGGAACCAAUACAAAGGCAUUGAAGCAACUAACGGAACAGAGAUCACAGCCAGGGAGGCUCCGUUAGACAACAGAUGGGAAGAAACUCUUCAGGGAUCUUCAACACUGGCAUCUAAACAGGAGCUUGAUUCAAUUGAAAAAAGCAAGGAAACAAAGGAUGAGAGUCCAAAGCAAGAAAAUAACCUGGAAUUUCCUUAUGUUGCAGACUCGACAGGAGAGAUCUCAAUUCAGAAAGAAGAGCCACGGAAGCUGGAGGAUGUCUCUAAGAUGGACACUAAUGAAAUUGGGAAGGAGAGCUCAAAUGAGGAACUUCAGGAAGAUGACAGUGCAAAGGAAAAGAAGCUCCUUGAAUCAUACCCUAAAAAGAAUACCUCUGAAUCAAAAGAUGCUGAUGAAAUUCUUGAGAGGGAGGAAGCCACUGAACUAACAAAGCUUGGGAAGAAUAGCAGAACAGAGACUCUGCAGGAUGAAUGCAAACUACAAGAAAGCUCAGCGAAGGGUGAAUUGAAUGGUGAGAAGUCAUUCGAUGCAGUGUCUAAGGGUGUCGAGACAACCAGUUCAUGUGCAAUAAUUGAGAAGGAUGUUCUAGCUCAAGAGGAUCAUGUUAAGAAUCUUGACGAGAUCCCUGAGGAAGGCAUAAUAGGAGGUGAGAAAGUUGAAAACAUGGGAAUUAACUUGGAGGCUGGAGAUCAAAGACAUGAAAGAAAUGAAGGUUUUGAUCCCAUAGAAAAAAGUGCUCUUCAAGAGAAAUUUGAAGAUGCUGAUCCUAGUCAGAAGCUAGAAAGGGUGUGUGAAGUAGUGGCUGAAGAUCAAAGUCAUGAGAACCUCCCUGGAGCCAAAGAAACCAAAAUCAAGAAAGAUAAUAUGGUUGUGGAGGACCAGAAUACCGCAGCUGUUGAAGAACAAAUGAUUAUGCAAAGACUUCAAGAAGCAGAAAAGGACAGCAUAAACCUUGAGGACACAGGACACAAACUUAAGGCAGAACUUCAAACAGGAAAAGAAGAUAUCCCAAGUGAGGUUACGAAGAAUGCCAUUUUAAAUGAAAAUGUGUCAGAGGGACUUGGCAAAGCUGAUGCAAGUACGAACUGGGGAGAACUGAUUAUGGGAGAAACUGGAAUGGUCAAGGACCCAUUCCUAGUUGCUAUGGGAGAAGAAACAUGUAAAGAAUACCAUCACGAAGAGGAAAAGGAGGGAACCAAGGUCAAUGACACAAAAAUUAAACUGGACCUUGAAGAUCACAGUCAGGAAUUGGAUGCUGAAGAAGAUCUAGAAGACAAGGCAAAUGAAGCAAACAAGAUCAUGAAAUGUGAAAUUUUACAUGAAGAGGUGUCUAAUGAAUUUAAGGAAGAUGGAUCAGGUGAGAAAUUGGAAAGGCAGGUCACAGAAGAGGAAGCUAUGAAGGAUCCAUCCCUAGCUUCUAUUAGAGAAGAAACAGUUAGAGAUGACCAUGAAGGAGAAAAAACAGACACUGAAGAGGUGUUGGAAGGACUUAACAAAGCUGGUGCAAGUACAAACAUAGGAAAACAGAUUAUGGAAGAAACUGAAAUGGUCAAGGACCCAUGCCUAGUUUCUAUAGGAGAAGAAACAUAUAAAGAAAUCCAGCACGAAGAUGAAAAGGAGGAAAACAAAGUCAAUGAACCAAAACCUAAACUGGAGCUUGAAGAUCAGAGUCGGGAAGAUGCUGAAGGAGAUCCAAAAGGCAAAGAAAAUAAGGCAAAUAUGACUAUGAAAUGUGAAACUUUAGAUGAAGAGGAGUCUAAUGGAUUUGAGGAUGAUAGAUCAAGUGAGAGAAUGGAAAGACAGAUGACGGAGGAAGAAGCUACGACGGACCUAGUUCCUGUUAAAAAAGAAACAGUUAGAGGGGACAAUGAAGAAGAAAAGGACAGUCAAGAGGUUGAGAAGGAAGAAACUAAAUUGAACCCCAGAGAUCAGAAUCAUGAAGCAAGCUGCAAAGAUGGUUCCACAGAAAACAACAAUAUAAAUAAAGAGGUCAAAAGUCUUGAUGUUGUAUUAGAGGAGCAGCAGUUAGUAACAUCUUCCGCCAAUGAGGUAGACGCUACAACCAUAAAGGAUGAGGCAGAUAAGGAUCUUGAUGCUUCACCUACACCAAAUUCACCAGCAGAAGAACCAUCAGAGAACGAAGCAGUUAAUGAGCCCAAGGAGGUCACACUGCUUGUGCCUAAAGAACUGGUCCACAAAAUCAAUGAAAUAAAUGAAGAAAAUAAGGAAGAUGCUGCUGAAGGUGACACUGUGGAAGACUUGCAUCCAAAAGAUCAGGUGGUCCCAACCAAUAACUCCAAUGCCUCAUCUCUCACUGAUGUUGCACAACAACCAGUACCAGAGAAAGAAGGCCACAUGACAGAAGAUGAAGGAAGGCACAAUUUGGUGAUUCUCAAGCAAGCAACUGAUGAAGUGAACCUACCAACAGAAGAAACUGAGGGAAAUUCCAUCAAUGAUGAGGCUCAAUCAAGAGAUAUUUUAUAUAAGGAAGGCGAGAAGAUGAAUGAUCACUCCAAUGUUCAAGAAACAACAUGCGGAUAUGAGGGAGGAGAAACCCUAGUUCGGGAACAGGAAGACACACUGGUUUUCUCAUCUGCUGAACAGGGAACUGCAGAAGAAAGCAUCAAAGAUGGUCCCAAGGAUCAUAAUACCACAACUAAUUUGGUGAUUGAAGAGCAGAGCCUGCUCAAGGACCCUUGUGAAGAAUGUGUUGAUGAUGAAACGGUUAAAAAGGCUCACCAAGACAAAAAGGAGGAGAAAAGGGUUGAUGAGGUAGCAAUUGAAUUGGAGGCAAAAGAUAGGAGCCAAGCUUCCGACGCUAUAGAAGAUCAGAUGGAAAAAAUAAUUGAAACAAGUGAUAAACCAAAAUGUGAAAUCUUAAAUGAAGAGGUGCCCAAAGGGCUUGAGAAAGCCGGUACAACUGAGAACAUGGAGGAAAACAGAACAAUGACGGACCCUUGUGAAGUUUCUAUAGAAGAAGAAACAAGCAAAGAAUACCAUCAUGAAGACAAAAAGGAGGGGGAAAUUGUCAAAGACAGAGAACUUAAACCGCAGCUUGAAGAUCCAAGACAGACAGAGUUGGCGGGAGAAGAUCUAGGACGCAAAGCAAAUGAAACAAAUAAGAGUACCAACUGUGAAACAUUAAAUGAUGAGGUGUCUCUGGGAACUGAGAAUGCUGGAUCAAGUGAGAAAGUCGAAAAACCACUCAUAGAGGGUAUAAAGGAUCCCUUCCCGGCUGCGACUGGAGAAGAAACAACUAAAGAGGCCCAUCAAGAAGAACAAAAGGAUUUACCAGAGAUUGAGAAUGAAUCAACCAAUUUGGACCCCAAAGAUCAGAGUAAUGAAACAGGCAGCCAAAAUGAUGCCACAGAAAACCACAUUCUAAAUGAAGAGGUUAAGAGUGCUGAUAUUGUACCGGUGGAGCAGGAGCUAGAAACAGCAGCUUCCACUGAUAAUAUUAUGACCAUAAAGGAGGAUCUUGAUGUUUCAUCUACUCCAAACACACCAGCCAAAGAAGCACCAAAGGGAGAAGCAGUCAAUGAGCCCCAGGAGGCCCCUCACCAUGAGCCUACAGAACCGACUCAUGAAAGUGUCAUAACAAAUGAAGAGAACACAGAAAGCACUACAGAAGAUAAAAUUGUUCCAAAGGAAUUCAUUGAAGUUGGGAAGCUUAAGACAACCUCUUCAGACUUGGUAUCUAACCCAAGUAACAUUGUAGAAGACUUACAUCCAAAAGAUCAAGAGGUACCCACCAAUAAAUCUAACGCUUCAUCUCUCACUGAGGUUUUGCAAGCAAAAAUACCAGAGCAAGAAGGUCAUAUGACAGAAGAUGAAGAAAGAAACAGUUGGGUGUUGAUCGAGCAAGAAACAGGUGAAACAAGCCUAGCAACAGGAAAGAUGGAAGGGUAUUCCAUUAAUAAUGAGGCUCCAGUGCAAGAAAUUUUAAAGAUGGAAGCCAAGGAGAUGAAUGAUGCUGAUGCCAAUAUUGCAAAUAGGGAAGGAGAAACUCCACUUCCAAAACAGCAAGAAAGGGUGAUUUUCUCAUCCAUUGAACAGACCAAUGCAGAAAGUAGCAUCAGAGACAGCCCUAAAGUGCUUGAUACUACAGGUAACUUGGUCUUUGAAGAGCAGAGCCAUGUAAAGACCAGUUUGGUGCAUGAAAUUGAGAAAACAGAAGGCACAAUCUUAGAGGAUGCUGACACCUUAAAUGAGAAGAUUUCUUUAUCUGAUGUCCAACCUGCAGACAAAGAAUUACCCCAGAAAGUGGAAAGUGUGAUGCUCCCAGAAGUCACUGAAAUCUCCCAAAACAUUGGGAAGCUUGAAAAGGCAGCUGAUGCAACAACUAAAGAGAGUACACAGACAAAGAUACAGGCUGGAGAUAUGGAUAUUCCAUCAGUGCCACAACAUUCAAUUGUGAAAUCCAAACAGGGAGAUCAAAUAGAAGAUCACAGACCUGGAGAAGCAUUAAGAACUGAAUCAAAAGAGAAAGGGGUAGAAUACAGCGGAGAUAGUAUAAUGGAAGAUGUUAAGCCAAUGCACAAGAAAUCUCACAAUAUACUAUCAGGAGUAGGGUCCAAGGUCAUGCAUUCAAUUGCCAGGGUGAAGAAGGUAAUCGCUUGUACGCACCCCCCUCCCGAAGUCACCGUCAUCAAAAUAAGAAAGUGAGCAACUUGGUGGCGGUUUAAGAACAGUUGGGACAUGCUUUCAGAUUGGAAACUGUUUGUGUGGUGUGACUUGUAUGUUGCAUUACACUGUAAAUAUAUGAGUACAGAAGUUUGGGUGUCGCAUGAAGUUGUGUGGUUUGAUGGCAUGAAGUUGUAUGGUUUGAGUAACAAAGAUUUCUCUAUUUUGUACAAAGUCAUAUAAACAUGAAGAGUUCCUACUUCAUUGUGAAUAAUAGUAAUACUGUAAUA